UGACCUGGGGCCGGGAUGCCGCGGCCCGAGCCCAUGCCCGGCUACGGGCAGCUGCUGCAGCGCUGCUACCGGGGGCUGGCGGGGGCGGUGCGGAGCUGCACGGACUGCGGCUGGGAGCUCUCCCGGCGGAGCUGGGCCGAGAACGCGUCCCUCGCCUGCAGCGAGACGCUCCUCUGCCUGCUGUGCGCCAUCGGCUGGACCUGGCUGCGCAGGGCCGCCUCCGGCUGCCUCUUUCGGCCAUUUGGGGAGUGGUGUAACCUGCAGCCAAAGGAUGCUGCCAAGAUGCCCGAGAGCGCCUGGAAGCUGCUGUUCUACACACUGUCCUGGUCAUACGGCGCCUACCUGCUCUUCUUCACCGAGUACCCCUUCUUCCACGACCCGCCCUCCGUCUUCUAUGGUUGGGAGAAGGGUAUGGAUGUACCCACCGACAUUGGCAUCGCCUACUUGCUGCAGGGCAGCUUCUACGGGCAUUCCAUCUAUGCCACCGUGUACAUGGACGCCUGGCGCAGGGACUCCGUGGUCAUGCUCAUCCACCACGUGGUGACACUGACGCUUAUCGUCUUCUCCUACGCGUUCAGGUUCCACAACGUGGGGAUUCUCGUCCUCUUCCUGCACGACAUCAGCGACGUGCAGCUGGAGUUCACCAAGCUCAAUGUCUAUUUCAAACACCGGGGCGGGAUCUAUCACCGGCUCAACGACGUCAUCUCCAACCUCGGCUGCCUCACAUUCAGCAUCAGCUGGUUCUGGUUCCGCCUCUACUGGUUCCCCCUCAAAGUGCUUUACGCCACUUGCCACAGCAGCCUGCAGUCUGUGCCCGACGUCCCCUUUUACUUCUUCUUCAACGCCCUGCUCCUCGCCCUCACCCUCCUGAACCUCUACUGGUUCCUGUACAUCGUCCUGUUUGUGGCCAAGGUGCUGACGGGGCAGAUGCAGGAGGUGAACGACGUGCGUGAAUACGACGUGGAGGAGAGCAAGAAAACCACAGGGCCCCAGAAAGCGGGCGAACUCCAGCUCCCCAAGUCCUGGAAAGAAGGGAACCAUCUGAAGAAUGGGCUGAUAAAAGACAAACGGUUAUAAUGGAACCGCUGGGCAGCCUCUGGGGACUGACCCGUGGCCCUCCAUGAACCCAGCGAAGGAGAGAGCCCACGGAGAAGGAGUGCAAGACCCCAAGCCCCCCACCCCCAAAAACCCUGCCUGGAGCUGGGGAGCAGCUGGCAGCCGACAGAAACAGUCCACUUGGCUCGGCUCGGGCCAGGCUUCACUUGAUCCUGACGUGGCUUCUGGAGCCUGUUUGCGCUGGGCACCCUGCAGGCUGUUGGACGGGUCGGCUGAUAAGGGGGGAUGGGGGCGGGAUUUCCUAGCAGGGUCCAGGUCAGAUAUGAAACUUGCUUUUGGUUACCUGGGAUCCCCUGUGCCAACUCCACCCCUUCGCCAUCCUCCCUCUCUGUGAUUUCCCCAGAUCUGGCAAGUUGUGGCAUCCCAGGCAGCUUUUGUCUCUGGAGCACUGGCUGACACCGUGGAGCUGGUGAGGGGCUCGAAGCAGGGAGGCAAACGCCUCUGCCCCUUCAGCACCAGUGUCCCAAGCGUGGGCGCCCAGAGCCAGCUCUCUGGAGCUUGCAAACAGGGAAUGGUGACAUACCACCAGGGAGAAGUGUUGUGCUGCUAUGUGCCCUGCUGGCCAGUAGGGGUCAGUGUAGUACAGGGAGCUGCUGUAAAUGCAUCCAGGGGUUACUCCACAGAGCAACCCAGGCCCCUGCCUGGAACCCCCUGGGCCAGAGCCUAGAGGAUUCUCCCUGCAGCCUCCUGAGGCUGAUCCGACCGGCCUGCCCUCAGUACCGCUGCACCUUUAGGCCCUUAGGAGGCCAGUGCCUGGAUCAGAGAGAGAAGGGACAGUGGCUCCUGCUAGGGCUCCUGCCUUGAUGAAUCCCCUGGCCUGAGAAACCAGCGCUGGCUUAAAGGACUCACGAAAGUCCCGAGUGACUCGGUUUGAGUUCUGAGUGUUGCAUUUCCUGCAGGCUGGGCUGGGCUGAGCUGCAGCUGUUUCCGCUCAGUGGGAAAGAAACCCUGUGGAGGUUUGCACCCAUCCCUCCCCCUGGAUCUGGCCUCUGGACUCAUCCCAUCUCCCAUCGCAAUACUCCUGCAGUGUCGGCUGCUGCCUGCUCUUCUCCGAGGGGCCUAACUCCAAGCCAGGGGGACAAUAGGCCAGUGAAGGGAAUUGCAGCCGGCCUGCAGAGGGUUAAUCCAAACGGGCAGGGGGUGAGGGGCUGGUUGUUGUUUCUGGUCCUUGCUUAGAUGCAGACCCCAGAUAGUGCUGCAUAUGCCACAAAGAGACUCCCUGGAAAACAUCAGCGACUGGGAGGUAACGUGAAAACAUGAGCCAGGUUGUUAGAAAUCCCCCAGUUCUGGCUGGUCCCCCCAGCCAGCUGAACUAGCGAGGACAGGAAAUUAAACAUCCCACCCACUG